CGCAGCGUGAGGGGAAGGGGGAACUUGUUCAGAUGGCGGCUACCACAGAGAGCAGCGAUGCCGGCGCUGGCAGUAAGAGAAGACACUUAGGAAUCCCCGAAGCAGUGUUUGUGGAGGAUGUGGAAGCGUUCAUGAAACUGCCUGGCAAUGACACAGCGGACGCAGUGCUGAGGAAACUGGACGAGCAGUAUCAGAAAUACAAGUUCAUGGAGCUGAACCUGGCUCAGAAGAAACUGAGGUUAAGAAGUCAGAUCCCCCAAAUUAAACAGACAUUAGAAAUUUUAAGACACAUGCAGAAGAAAAAGGAGACCACAGAUCCCAUGGAAACCCGAUUCCUAUUGGCUGACAACCUCUACUGCAAAGCCUUGGUCCCGCCCACAGAUAAAGUGUGCUUGUGGUUAGGGGCGAAUGUGAUGCUGGAGUACGAUAUCGACGAGGCCCAGGCGCUCCUAGAGAAGAACCUGGCCACCGCCACACGAAACCUGGACUCGCUGGAGGAGGACCUGGACUUCCUCCGAGACCAGUUCACCACCACCGAGGUCAACAUGGCGCGAGUGUACAACUGGGACGUGAAGAGGAGGAACAAGGACAACCCUUCGAAGAGCAGCGAGAAGUCUUAAGUGACCCGCCGCACUCAAGAGCCCAGCAGUCUUUUCUGUUCUACAAAAUCAAGUUUCUUUUUUUUAUUUUAUUCAGAGACUGGAUA